CGCUGCACAGAGAGGCGCUCCGACCUCCGCUAAGUCAGUAUCCGCGUCUUACGGCAUCGCCCGGACCCGCUCGCAUCAUACCCGCACCUGCCCCGCGGCGGCGUGGACACGCUCCUUGCUGGCGCGUCCCCCCAUCGGUGGCCGGAGACGUCUGUCAAAGACAUAUAAUUUCAGAGGUGCUGCUGUCCAGAGGAAUGCUGGAGGACAGAUGAUCUGACAGUGAGGCUCAGGAACCUGUGUCACGAUGGGCUGCUCCCAGUGCAAGCAGAAGAAAUCCACGAAAGACGAGGACGAGCCCGUCACGUCGGCCUGUGACGCCGGCAUUUCGGCACAGGUCUUGGCUGCCCCGCGCUAUGGGCCGGACCCCACCCACAACCAAAGCCCCGGACUCAUCCCGGACUUUAACAACUACCCCAGCCUGACUAGCCCCACCCAGCCAUUUGGCUCCGCCUCCACAGGCACCACGCAGAUGUGGGGAGGGGGCGUCACAUGUGGAGGGGUGACUCUCUUCAUAGCCCUGUAUGACUAUGCCGCCCGCACUGAGGAUGACCUGUCCUUCGUCAAAGGCGAGAAAUUCCACAUCGUCAAUAACACGGAGGGGGACUGGUGGGAGGCGCGCUCGUUGGACACGGGCAACUCGGGAUACAUCCCCAGCAACUACGUGGCUCCUGUGGACUCCAUACAGGCUGAAGAGUGGUACUUUGGGAAAAUGGGGCGGAAGGACGCUGAGAGGCAGCUGCUGGGACAGGGGAGCCCCCGAGGAACCUUCCUGAUCCGUGAGAGCGAGACCACUAAAGGGGCGUACUCUCUGUCCAUUCGGGACUGGGACGACGCAAAAGGGGACCAUGUCAAGCAUUACAAAAUCCGCAAGUUAGACAAUGGCGGCUAUUACAUCACCACCCGCACACAGUUUGACACGGUGCAGCAGCUGGUGCAGCACUAUACAGAGCGCGCUGCAGGCCUCUGCUGCCGCCUGGUGGGCAGCUGCCAGCGUGGCAUGCCCAAGCUGGCCGACCUGUCGGUCAAGACCAAGGACGUGUGGGAGAUCCCGCGCGAAUCGCUGCAGCUCAUUAAGAAGCUGGGCAACGGGCAAUUCGGGGAGGUUUGGAUGGGCACAUGGAACGGCACCACCAAGGUGGCGGUGAAGACGCUGAAGCCGGGAACCAUGUCGCCGGAAGCCUUUCUGGAGGAGGCGCAGAUUAUGAAGCGGCUUCGGCACGACAAGCUGGUGCAGCUGUACGCCGUGGUGUCCGAAGAGCCCAUCUACAUCAUCACCGAGUUCAUGACCCAGGGGAGCCUGCUGGACUUCCUGAAGGAUGGAGAUGGGAGGGAUCUCAAGCUGCCCCAGCUGGUGGACAUGGCUGCUCAGAUCGCUGCGGGGAUGGCCUACAUCGAGCGCAUGAACUACAUCCACCGGGACCUGAGGGCCGCGAACAUCCUGGUGGGAGACAACCUUGUGUGCAAGAUCGCCGACUUUGGGCUGGCGCGGCUCAUCGAGGACAACGAGUACACGGCACGACAAGGAGCAAAGUUUCCCAUCAAGUGGACGGCGCCUGAGGCAGCGUUGUACGGCAAGUUCACCAUUAAGUCCGACGUGUGGUCCUUUGGAAUCCUGCUGACUGAGCUCAUCACCAAGGGCCGCGUGCCGUACCCAGGCAUGAACAACCGGGAGGUGCUGGAGCAGGUGGAGCGCGGCUUCCGCAUGCCCUGCCCGCCCGGGUCCCCGGCCUCACUGCACGAACUCAUGCUGCAGUGCUGGCGUAAGGAUCCCGACGAACGCCACACCUUCGACUACCUGCAGAGCUUCCUGGAGGACUACUUCACUGCCACCGAGCCACAGUACCAGCCGGGCGAGAACCUGUGAUUCCCCCCCCCCCCGCCCCCCCGCCGAUGAAAAGUGCUUUGCCAAACUCGCCCUACCGUUCCUUAACACCCCCCCCCCCCACGCCCACCACCCGCAUGGCUGUCCGGUCAGACCGCAGUGACGGACACUUAAAGUGAGCAGGGCAUUUAUAGCCCCCAUCCUCUACGAAAAUGCUCUGCCUACAGAUCUUGUUGCUCUGGGCUCUAUUGCUUAGACUUGUCAAGGACAGUAUCUGCUGAGGCUCAAUUACUCAGGCCUGUAGAGGACAGUGUGUUCGGGACAGAGGAGAAGGGCCGGCAGUGGGAGGAUCAGCAACGUUAUCCCGCUUUCGGCUGAAGUUUCUCAAAAAUGGCCUUGUGGUGUGGGAAGGAUUUAAUACCUGCAAAACUAUACUCCUAUAGCAUUUAAUGGUUAUUUGAUAUUUUAUUACAAUAUGAUUAAGAAGUGAUAUAAUUAUUUAAUACAUUCUCUUGGCUUCCUUAUCUUAUCCAGUCUUCACUGGAGAGCCUUGCACCCCAAGGCAGUUAGGAGUGCCUUGCCAAGAGGUCAUGUGUGCUUUGGGUCACAUGACCAGGUCACUUUCACACGCUCACCUGACUGGUAGAGGGUGGUACCUUUCUCUUAGUGAAGCACAGAAUGUUAUGUGUCUCAGAUUGAAAGUACUGCCCUUCCUCCUCCAGAGGAACGAGGGACAGUAGUAACAAUUAUGGUUGAACAACAAGGGAGGGUGCUGCUGAGGUCUGGCGCCACCCAAUGGCCCGGAGGCCUUCUGCUGUUCGAUCCUUUGUGAGAAAGGUCACACUUGACAACUAAUAACUGUAUGUGGUUUAACUCCUGUUGGAUUUUUAAUACUCCUAAGUAUUUUUAAUAUUCCAAAGUUUAUAUCUGAAAUAAGUUUAUUUGGUUUUGUUUACAGCCCUUUGCUCUCUGGCAUUGAAUCCUGUCUUUAAAUGAGAGCCGUCUUCCUUAAGUGUACAUUUUGUAAAAGAGUUUUCACAGAACUUGAGGGGAUCAGAAUAUUAUUUGUACGGCGUGUUGUCUGGGAAGUAAAGCCUGUAAGCUGUG